CCGCCAUAUUGUGGCCUCGUGAUCAUAACACUGGUGGUGGAGACUUUGUUCACUUAUAUUGUAUUACUGUCACAUAAACACACACUAUGCACAGCAUACGGUUAUCAUGAGUAACAUGGGCAGGCUUAGCAGCAGCCAAGGAAGUUAGAAAAGAACACCAGUAAGAAGUGGAAAAAAUAUUGAGGACAGAAAAUCAUUCUACGAUUCAUGAGAAGAAAUUUUGCCUACUUGUUUGACACCAAAAUCCCAGUCAGACUAAAACCACUUCAAGUACCAGUCUUCAUUGGUACAUAAAAUCUUAUCUGGAAAGGAUAAUAUAUUAGCUACAAAAAAUUUAGCUUUUAUAAGAUGUUGCAAUGAUGGAAAAUUUAAUGAAAGGUUUUGUCUCGCCAGGAAAAUCUCCGAAAGCAGAAAGGAAGUUAGAUGCAGAUAUUUUAUCCAUCUCCAGGCAGGAUCUUGAUGAUUCAUUAAAGAAUGAAGGAUUAGAUAAAUCAGAGACAGUUGCAGACAUGUUCAGCCAAAAAGAAAAAAUGGAUGCUGAUGAGACUUCAGACAUACCUCAUGAAUUUGACAUUAAAGGAAAGGUGGAUGCUGGGGAGGCUUCAGUCAUGCCCCAGAAACUCGAAAGUAAAGAAAAGAUGGAUGAAUGUGAGAAUUCAGUCAUACCUCUUGAAUCCACAAAAACUUUAUCUUGUGAUGAAGAUAAAGUGACCAAUCAAAAUAUUGUAACACAGAGAGAUAAGGAAGAUGUAAUAGGCUCUGAGUCAAUAAGCAUAGAUAUGAUGGAAGGGUUUUGUGGGUUUGAUGCAAAAGAUAUAAAGAAAUGUAGAGAAACAAAUAGAAAUACCGUUCUUAAUAUUUCAAAUAAAAGAGCUUUGCUGAAACCCGAGAAAUCAGAAUCCAAAAGUGACUCUCCUCCUGAUUUGAUUCUUUUCCUGAAGGAAGGUCGAGGAAGAGCACAGAACUGGACUGAGCCACCAACACUCGAUCCAGAAAGUAUUGCAACCAGAAGACGAACACGGGUUCCAGAGGAUCCUAAAGCUUUGGCUCAAACAAAAAUAAAAUACAGAGUGCAGGAUAAGAGUAAGAAAGAUGGUAAAGAGGUGCAGAAGAAAGAUGGGCGAAAAGAUAAAAAAAAUAAAAUAAUGGAUACACCUGAAUCACUGAAAAGACUUGCACAAGAUUACCCUUUGAAAGACUCAGUCAAACUGUCCUCUACAAGUAGACAGGAAAUUUCUGAAAGUAAUGUUGAAAUAAAAAUAAAGAAGAUCAUUACUAAGAGUGCAAAGCAGAGUGAAAACAAGUUAAGAGUAUCAGGAACAUCAGUUAGUACUGAUGAUGAAUCGGAAAGCAACUUGGGUAAAAGAUAUCAAGGAAAGAAGAAAUUAUCUUCAGCAAAACCAUUUGAUAAUUCUAAAAAUAAAGUUCAUGAGUCUUCAAAAAACACACAGGUAUUUAAAACUGAUUAUUUAAAUUUGAAAACAAUAUUGCAUCAGAUGUCUGAGAACAAAGCUGAUGAAAGAAUUCCUGUUGUAAUCAUGUCAAAUUCGGACAGAGAGAGUAAAACAAUGAAAGCAAUGCCAAGAAGCAAAAAGAAUGUCAUGUCUCCAGGAAAAACAGGUAAAGCAGUUUUAAAGAUAGCUGUUAGCCCUAAAUCACAAUUUAGUAUUAAGAGACUUCCAAAGGCCUAUGUAUCCCCAGAAGAUAGAACUUCCUUCAUUAAAAAUAUGCAAGAAGACCUUAAGCUUUCCAAAGAAGCACAUAAAGUAGUUGAAAACACAGCUGCAGGGAAUGAUAAUGAACGGAAGCAAAGUAAUUCUAAUGUCAGUACAGCUACUAGUGACAAAAAGGGGAAUAUAUUUAGCAUUGAUUUUAAUGAUACACAGAAGUUAUCUAAGCCUGUAGAAAGUAGUAUGGAUAAAACAGAUCAAACAAGAGAAGUUGGCCAUACAGCUUGUGAUGUAAAUGUUCCUACAAAAAGCUUAAAUACAAGAAAUGUUCCUCAGAACAAGGAAGAGGCAUUUAGCAUUCCAACUUCAAGGUCUGUACUAAGUAGUACUUCAGGGACACAGACUGUUUUCUCGUCAUCACCAUUAAAACAAGGUGCUACAAAACCUUCAGAAGCUCAUAGUUCACAGAAAUCUCCACUUGUUGUAAGUGUUUCAGACUUGAUUUCAUUUAAGGUUGCAACAGUUAACACUGGAGGUAGUAGUCUGUCACCAAGAAAAUUGAAUUUUAAAAUACCUAAUUUAAAAAGUAUUACAACUGAUGAACUCCUGAAGAAUGCUGUAGGGUUUGGUAAAGACUCUCUUAUUAUAAAAGGAGGAAUUCUUAAUAGUACAACAAAAAUAGUUUCAAAUAUUUUAGAAGAUAAGUCACAUGCUUCACAAGUUUCUACCAAUCAUCAGAUGGGUUUAGCUGGACAAAAAGGGCCUCUGUAUGAUUAUACAGAUAUUGAAACAGAAGAAGUUGUUGUUGGGGAGACCGGAGAUUCAAGUAUACAUACCUCUAUGCUAAAUGUAGGUGAACUUUCAUCAGAAUUGGACCUGCGAGCUAAUGAAGAGCUUGGCAGUAGUAGUGAAGACGAAAGUGCAAAAGUGCCAGAACCUCUCUCCAUACUUAAGAAGGAUGUAUUGUCUCCUGAGUGGAGGGUUGCACUAGAUCAUUCGUACUCUUCAGGAGGCAUGGAAAAACAUAAAGGUUCACAGAACACUCAUAAAAGGUCACCUGGCUCUUAUGAGAAAUCUUUAACUCCUCGACCUGUGUACAGUAGUGCUAGUCUAGCCAAACGCUCAUUAGAUAUCAUGUUACACAAUGACAAGAUCAACAUUUUACGACAGAUGAGCCAGAUUUUCAAUCAUGAAAAACCAGUCCAACCUGAUACCGAUAAUACAGUGUCAAGUUCUGAUGGAGAAGGUGAAGAUGAUACGAAAAAUGAAGUGAGAAAUUCAAGUAGUACAAAUCAUCAUAAAAUUAUGAAGCAAAUAAAAGUUACCAAGGGUGUUAAUACUGACAGCAAGGAUCCUAAUACUGGAGGAAGUACAAUAGAAGCUUCUAAAACAAAUCAAGAGGUAGAGACAAUUUCUAAAGGAAUUAAGAGACAAUCUGCAACAUCUGACACAGCAUCAUCUUCACCAAUUGCUGUUGAUAAGAUGAAUGUAUCCCCAUCCAAGGUAUUUUUAGAACCGGGUGUAGAUACUACAAAAGAAAACAAUGCCAAUAAAAAUAAUGCUUCAGAUGAUUCUUUUAGUGCUUUAGAAACAGAUAAAGGUGAACAAACCAGUAAUUUACCAAGCAGUGAUGCAUCAGUUGUGCCAGAAAACAGGAAACAGGGUAAGGCCAACACAGCUAGUAAAACUUCAUUUAUUGCUGAAGGCCCAUUUCUUGGCUUUCCAGAUUCUGAUACUAGAGUCCACCAUGUACCAGCUUAUUCUGUAGCACUAGAUGAAAUGAUCCAUGUACAGAGUUCUGUGGGGCCACUGGGAGAACAGGUGGACAUAGUGGAUGGCUUUGCAUUUAUGUCAUUCUCUACAGAAAAAGAGAUGAAUACUUAUUCAGACAAGCAGAAUGCCAGAGGUGAGAAAGGUCACCGUCCAUGGCUAAAGAAAAAGAAAAAAAAGAGGAAGAAAUUAUUUAACAGUAGAAAAGGUGGACUCAAAGCACGAGAUUUGUGCGAAAGCAGUUCACAGUUAUCAAGAGAUAAAAGUUGCAGCAGUGACACUGGGGCAUUUGCAAGUAAUGAUUUGGAUGAUUAUUUGAAUCUUAACUCACAUCUUAAUAUCAGCUACACCAUCCCAAAGUGCAAAGCAACAGAAGAAGGAGUUACAAAACUUGAUGAUGAUGGCAUACCUCUAGAUAAUGAAUCUCCAGAUAUUCCAGCACAAGUUCCUGAAUCGAUCCUAAUAGAAUCACAACAUUCUACUGCAUCACUGGAUGUAAAUAAUCUACAUCCAUCAGGUGGAGAUGGCGUAUCUGACUCUGUACAGCACUAUGAAGAAGUAAAUGCUAUUGAUAUACUAUAUCCUAAAGAAAAAUAUAAGUAUUACUAUAACAAAGAAUUAUGUAAGGAAACAAAAGCAGAUGGCUCCAAUGUGUUUGUGAGGAGAGCAGGAAAGCUUGUUCCUCUCACCAGUGUUCUGAAGAGCCAAAAACCUGCUGUGUUUGGAACUAAUAGCAAAAAAGCUGUAGAACUUGUGUAUAUAUAUGACAGAGGGAAGCUACUAACUCUUGGAGGCUCACUAACAAAGAUAAAUCCCUCAAAUUCUGACUCUGUUAGAGCAAGAGUUGUAUUGCCAAUUGGAACUCCACCCAUUGUGAAAGGUGAGCUCGUGCAGAGACAAGCAAAGAAGGUACAAGCAGUUGAGAUUAAUGAAGAUAUGGCUAAAUUUGCACUCUCAGCUUUACAGAAUCCAAAUUCAAGAGAAGAAAAGUCUGUAGUGAUUGAUAAGCCAUGUGAAAGUCAACAAAUAGUAGACAUGAGUACAAGUGAUAAUCAAGAAAUAGUUGAAAGGAAUGAAACCUUAGAGAAAUGUGAAGAAGAACAGUGUGUGAAACUGCCAGAACAAGUAACUGUUGUGCCUACAAAGAAAAAUAUUUUGGAUAUUAUUGCUGCCAAGUUAGCAAUGUCUGAUGAAGAGAGUGAUGAGAGAGAGAAUAAAAUUGAGAAAAAUAAUCCAGAUAUAGAAGAUUUAGCAGAAGGUGUUGGUGAGAGAGAUGACAAAAUCCAUAAGCCUUCAACAGAAAAUGUAGAUGAGAGAGAUUACAAAAUCCAGAAAGCUUUGGCAGAAAACAUUGGUGAUGGAAAUGGAAAAAUCCAGAAGCUUGUGGAAGAAGAUACAACCAAAGAAAAUAGGAAAAUUGAGAAGGCUUUAGAAGAAAAUGUGAAGGAAGAGGAGAAGCUCAAGAAGCUGUUGGAAGAAAAUGUAGAUUCUAAGGGAGAUGAAAAAAGCCAGAAGCUUGUGAAUGAAGAUCACAAGGAAAAUAUGGAGGAAGACAAUAAAGAAAAUGCUGUGAAAGUAGAGGACCCAACUCCAGCGGAUACAUUAAAGAAUGAAGACUCGGCAGUAUGUGCAGCAGAAGAUGACCUUAAGAUGAAUAAAGAUAUGAUAGUAGAGGCACCAUUACAAGAAUUCUCAAAUGCUGGAGAGUAUAAUGAUGAAAAUGCCAAACUUGAACCCAAAGGAAAAUAUGAGAUGAGCUUAAAAAAUGAAGAUGAAAAUAAGAUAAAAGACGAAGUAACAGAAGGUCAGACAAUGGUUAAAAAUAUUGUUCAGAAAAUUGACAAUGAGAAAAAGGAAAUAGAUAAGUUGUAUGAAAAAAAAGAAAUAGAUAAUGUAUAUGAAGAAUCUACAGUUAAGAAAGACAAAGAAAAAAUUGAAGACUCGAAUGCUAUGAUUGAGCUAUACAAGGAAAAAUUAGCAGACGAAUCAGGUAAUGUACAUUUGAAAGAGAACAAAGAAGGAUUGAAUAAUGCCAUUAAGCAGUGUAAGGUUGAUGGUGAUAAAAUAGAUUUGGUGUUCGAUAAAAAAAUAAAUUUGACAUCUAAACGACAAACAGAAGCAGAAAAUGUUGAACAGAAUUGUCAGAGCUCGGAUCUUGAAAUUAUAGACUCUGAGAAGAUUGCAGACGUAAAUUCUGAAAAAGAAGGGAAGUCGAGGGUUUUCAAGAAAAAUAUAUAUAGGUUUCCUUCGUUGUCAAGAGAAAUGAAACGGCUAAAUAUGAACUUCGUGAAAUAUGUUCCACACGAGAAUACAGCAGAAGAUAAAAUAGAUGAGGAAAGUGGACCUAAGGAGAAUUGCAGUAAUGAGUACUGUAAAUUGGGAUGUGUCUGCGACUCUCUAACCUGUCGACGAAGAAGUAUGGAGCAUUGUGGACGUAUUGAAUGUAUGUUUGAAUGUAGCUGUCGAGAUGAGAGUUGGAAGCACUCUGUGUCUGGUAGCGGAAGAACCAUGAAUGCUGUUUCAAUUUUCAACCUGGAUCGUGAGCAAAAGGAAGGACUUGCUUUAAGAGAAAAGGAUUUCAGAAAGACAGUAAUUGAAACUGGAUCUGAGGUAAUUUUGGUUGGAGCAGAGAGAAAGAAGAGAGAGCGCCGGAUUCCUGGUAGGUACCGAGAUGCAGCACUUUGGACAGGGACUGAUUAUAUUGCCGAGGACAGCCCCAGCACCCUUAGUGAACCUGAAACUCCAUUGCUGCCAGGAUUUCCAAGUAUUCCAUUGGCUGAAGCACACAGAUAUAUUAAAAGUUUUACACUGAAGGUUCCUUGGUAUAAUAUUAAGGGCAUCAGUAUUUGGUGUAUGAUUCACUCUUGUUAUGACUGUAAGUGUCUGAAGGAUGCUAGCAUUAUUAAUACUCAUAAAGAGGAUCAGAAAGAAAAAAUUGAGAGUGAUAUCAGCAGUAACUCUGCUUCCAAAACACCUAAUUCAGUUGACACAUUUGAGGAGGCUUUAAGAGAGAAAACAAAUAGUGAUUUGCUAUUACCAUCUCAUGACUGUAAAUCAGAGGAUCUGGAUAUCUCAUCAAAAUCUGGUUGCACUGUUGUUAAUGUUGUUGUUAAUAACACUGAAGCUAAACGCAAUUACAGGUGGAAACUGAAAAAUUGGUACCACUCAGUGAAGACUCACUGUGCUCGGACUUGUGGGUAUUCAAAACAAGGAAUGACAGAGGAAACUAAAUAUAUGACACUUAGUGGGCUUGCUGCAAGAGAAAUUACCCCAGAACAAGUAGUGGAAACUGUAGUUAAAUCUCUCAGAUAUCCAAAGGAAAAAGUUAAUUCACCUAUGCUUCCAGCUAGUGGAAGUUUUGAAUCUUUUAUGAAUGACUCUUUUACAAAUUUACAUAGUGCCUUGGAAAGUACCUCAGAUAAUGGAGAAUUGAAUGCGACCAAGGUUAAAGUGGCCCAUAAAGUAGUGCCACUUGUGGACUUAACUACAUCAAGUAACGUGGAUGAAUUAGAUGUCUCGCCUGUGUCUUCCAAGCCUCGGAAACGAUCUAAAGCAAAAUCCCUAAAGACAUUGUCUGAUUCAUCAAAAGAUGUAAAAAUGUUUGGAAAAAAGAGAAGCACUUUGUAUGAUUGCUCGGGAAGCCCAUCAGCAAAGAGGCAGCACAUGUCGAGCAUUCAGGAAGACAGCAUAAACCCGAUCAUUUCAUCUACUGAGAGCGUAUUUCUUGAUGACAGCAGAUCAUCCUUAACACCUGUAAAACAUGUGAAUAAUGAUAAGGAUUGGGAAGAAAGUGAUGGUAGCAAGCUUUCUAGAAGACCAUUGUCACUACUGGAGAUGAUGGUUGCAGAAGAAAAGAGAGGUGAACUUGAGCUUGACCUGUCGAACAACUUCCCAGGGAAUGCAUUACUGGUUGCUGAGGCUCGCUUUAGGAAACUUAUCAACAUGAAUAUUAUUGGUGUUGUUGGAAUCAACAAAGCUGGAAGAUGCAUCAUUGGCACUGUUGAUUCAAUCGAGUCCUUGAGAGUAAUGCAGAGAAUUCAUAACAUGAUAAGCAACAGCACUCUUGAUGUUGGGCCGAAUAUGCGUGAAAUAUUCUUCCCUCCCCCAUAUACUGGAAAAAGACCACGGUUUGUCAUGAUUCGUUGUGAUUUGAAUAGCAAAUGGGAGAUUGUUGGAGUAGUUCAAAAGAAAGGUCCAUGCAAGGCUUCUAAUUACCCUGAGCCAAAGACAAAACUGAGCAUGGUUCAAAAACCUUCAUUUGUUCCCCAAGUUAUUGAUUUGGAAGAGGAAGAGAAGCAGAAGGAACUACAAAAAAUAGAGAAGCCUGAUAUUGUUAUUUUGCCCUUGGAAAAUGAUGGAGUUGAUCCAAGUUUGGCAUUGUCUUCAGAGAAAGAUAGUGGUGCAUGGGAAGGCAGUUUGCCCCUUAUAGCAAGUGUUCAGAGCGUUUCAGAUAUUAACAUGACUGAACUGAUUGGGUCUCCAGAAGUAAUUAGCAGUGAUUCUGUAGAAAAGAUACCCUUGUGUGAGAAUACAUUACCACUGAUUAAACAGCCCUCCACAACAAAGUCUAUUCCUGACCUGGUUCCAAUUUCUACAGGUUCAGUAGAAUUAAAUAAAGAUAUGCCACAAGAAAAGGAGGGUGAAAUGUUUCGUGACACUUCACCAGGAAGCGGAGCAAAAACUGGUCUUCUUCAGCUGCAGGACCAACCAUUAUACUUUGUACCAACUGCUUUAAGAACUACAACAAAGACUACUAGUACACUGCCUAAACAAGCAACUUCUUCUCCAGGUAUGAGAACUUUCAAACUGAAUCAGAGUAGUGGGCGAGUGUUUGGCGAUUGUCCUAAAGAAAGUUUGAAGUCAAUAACUCGCCGUCCUUUAACUUCCCCAGUUCUUUCUCCUGAAAGUUCACAGUCAGCUGUGUUAGAAUCUAGCACUUCUGGGAAGCUGAAUGUAAUGCACACUAAAGUAAUUCCAGGCUCCUCUGGUUAUACAUUAUCUAUACCAGAAAAUAAUUCUUCAUAUAAAGACGAGUCAAGUAGUAGUAUGCCAAAAACAAAUGAUGCCACAAUUCAGACGAGAAGAGUUUUAUUACCAGCAACUACAGCUGUGCGUGCGGCCAUGCAAACAAAACCUGGAGAAAACACCAGUACUAUUGUCAAUCAGAAUUUUGCAACAUCGUCGACACCUGGGUCAAAAAUGUUGUACAUACCAGUAAGCUCAAGCUGCUUAUCAAAAAUGGUAUUUGUACCAACAGUCAGUGGUGGACCAUCUCCACGAGUGAUGCUGCUACCCACCAUCCCCAGUAGCAGUAGUGGAAUUGACAAAAUGAAAAUGGUUUUAGUUCCAUCAACUCAGGACAGUGGUAAAAUGAUUCUUCUGCCAGCCUCUACAGAAACCAAUGAAGGCAUUCCAGUUAAUAUGCCAAUUUUAAGUGGACCUAGUGAAAAAGAUAAAAAAAAGAUGUUGGUCCUCCCUCCGCCAGUAUUAGGUAACUUUAUUUCAAAAUCACCCCCAACUAUUGAACAGAGAUCAAAACUUAUGUUGCCAAGACCAACAAUUAUCAAUGACUCACCAUCAUUUCAGUCAUCAGGUACUAUAAAAAAUACUGGAGCCUUACCACAGAUGCCUGACCAGCUGAAUGAAAUUUCAUCUGCAGAGAAGACAGAAGAUAAUAUUGGUGGUCCAGAAUUUAAUAGAGAAAAUAGUGAUCAAGAUAACUCUGAUGAUGUUGUUGUAAUAGGUCCAGUAACUAACAGUCUCACCAUUACUAGAGUAAGAACUGCAUCUGAAUCUACUUUUCCUCGACUAGAAUUAAAUCCAAGAAGUUCAUGCACAUCUCCAUCACUGUUGAUAGUUCCAGCACCUGUUUCUAGUGGUACAGCAGAAACUAAUGUUGUGUCUUCUCUAACAACUAUUUCAAGCAUAAUACCUGAAACCACAGUUAUGCCUCAGAAGGAUUUGGGUAUAAAUGAAAGUAAUCCUUCAAGUUCCUCUGAGGAUAUGGUUAUUGUCAAGACAUCCUUAAAUUCAGUUCAGCUAAAUGCUUUACUUCAAAGUACACAUAAAGAGCUACUUAGAAAUGAAGAAGAUGGCUGUGUUGUUAGUUCUAGUAAAAGUUUGAAUUCAGAAGAAAUGCUAAAUGAAGAAAAAAUGUGUGAAAAUAAGCAUAAUAAAGAUCAUGGUGAAGCAUCUGCAGCAUUUGAAAACCCUGUUGAAACUAGAGAAGAAAAAGGUAAUGAUGACAUAGAGGAAGUAGAAUGUAAACAAGUACCAAUAAAAAAGGGUGGUCACCAUUGGAGUGCAGUAGAUCUUUCUCUUAACUUUAAAAGUGUUAAACUGGAAUGGUUGCUCGGUACAAUUAGGAAAAAUGUUUUGAUGAACAUUUAUCGAAUGUCACUAAAAACACUUUCUCCAGUUACGUUGAGUGUAAAAAAUGGCACUUCAACUUCCAUGCUUUAUGGUUUAGCAAGAAGAGGUGUUCAAAAAGAUAGAGACCAUCUAAUGCCAAUACUUAUUUUGGGUUCUGUUGUAUCAGCUAUAAUGAGUUCUUCAACUACACCUGAUGCCACUCUUUUUCAAGCUAAUGCUAUUAAAUAUUUUAUUAGGGAGAACACAGGAGAGCUUUCCUCGUACACUUAUGAUGCAAGUGGAGACUUUUUAGUAAAGCUAGCAUCAAAAAAAAGAGGAGAUGGGGGAGAAAUGAUAGGUAUUGGUGAAAAGGUACCCAUACAAAAAUUAAGAGAGUUAAGCAGUGUUGAAAAUUCCUUUCACCAGACACUGACAAAUAAGACUGAUACUGGGAAAGCUGAAGAAAAAAGUUGUACUCAGCCACUAAAGUCUAAAGUGCAAGAUUGUACUGUAUGUAGUUGCACUGUUGCAGGAGAUUUUAUAUGUAUGGGUCAUAGUACUCCACAGUUAAAGGAAAAGGAUCCUACAGUAUCUGCAGCAAAUUGUCAAGCUGUUGCUGAUAGUCCUCAGUCAGUACCACUUGAACAAUCUUGCAUCAUACUACAGGAAACUGUAACCUCAUCAAAAAGUAUUUUACCUCAAGAGUUGCCUGUUAAAGAGAGUAACACAAAGCCAUUAUCAGAAGUUGAGCAUCAAGAGUGUUCAUCAAUGUCAGCUUCUGCAUUUAAUAACCUCUCUACGUCACUGAGCCCACAGCUUAAAGAAUGUCCAACCACAGUUUCAGAUGCAGACUCUGUAACUUCAGGAAGAAAGCCUAGCUUAGACUCAAACAAUUUUUCACUUGUAUCCAUUGGCACACAGUGCAAGGAACCUAAAGCUGUUGUAUCCCAUGAGAUUAGCCAUGAAGAAGAAACACUGAUAGAUAUUAAAUCUUUGAUUAACUGUGAGGAAAAGAAUGAGAGCAAAUUGCAUCAUUCCCCCAAAGGUGAUAAAAAUAAUGAAAAGAAUCUACCAGUGACCUCGCUAAAUAUUAUAGGCAUUAAGGGAUUAGAUGCCGAGGAAACUUCGUGUGAUCCAGCUAAAGGUAUUGAAGAAGCUCAAGAAUCAAAUGUAGAAGAGGAAUGUGAAGAUAUUGACAUUGUAGGUGAUUGUUAUACAGAUGUGUCAAUGUCUUCAGUUCUGAGGCAACAGAUGACUAAUGAAGGUACUCAAGGAAACGGAUCAAGAACUAGGCAAGCCAAGACCUCUGGAGAAGUUGCCAGGACUCUCUUGACCCCAUACAAUUUAAAAAGGAAAAUAGACAGUGUUUUUCGAAGUUUUGAGCGUCCCUGUCCACGUUCUAAGAAGCGCUCACUCAACCCUGUGGUUGGAAAAACAGCAUCCCCUACCAGCAGCAAACUUAAGUCAACAACUGGAGUUUUUGGGGUAUUGCAAACAAAAAGUGAUGAAUCGUCGCCUAUUGAUUCAUCUGCCCGGCUACCAUCUCACUUGGCACAUUUACGGCAGUCUUCUUCCUCCAGUGAACGAGCUAUUGUGCCAGAGGAGGAACCAAAACCCGGACCUUCUAAAGUUAAAGUGUCACCAACGACCAUAAAGUUCAAUGUAAUUCCAGGAAAGCGAAAAUUGGGAAAAAAUGUUAUCAGGUUAAAAAAAAAGGAAGUGAAGUAUGUUGAUGUGGAGGGCAACCAUGAAGAGCGCAACUCUUUUGUACACAAUGAGCUAGAAAGGAUGCGAAGACGAGUUAUACGCCACCUGUUUAUUAAUCUCCAACUCUGUGUUGCUUCUGUACCAUCUAGUCCUCUAAUGGGUGAAACAGCAUCUCAACCAAAGAUUACCAUCCUAAAUGCAGCAUCAAAGGUUUGCUCAACUCUGAGAUUGGAAGAAAUGAAACUCAGGACCGAAGAAGAAAAGAUAAGAAGAGAUAGAAGUCUUCUAAUUAAAAAAUUGGCAUCUGUUAUUGCUGACACUCCUGAAGUAGUACGGCUUAGAUGGCGACGCUGGGUUCGAGACUUCCUACAGAAUCCUACAGCUAAGCAAACAUUUGAGAAGCAGUGGAAGCCUACAGAACUUGAGAAAGAUUUAAUGACCGUGUCAUCUGGUGUAAGUUACUCAAAAAAUUUUACUUAUUACUUCUUCCUUUUUUUUUUUUAUUUUUAUUGUUUUGUUAAAUUUACUCAACCCUUAGUAGUGUUCAUAUAUAGUUGUUUUAGUUUACAAAGACUAACACAUAGCUAACCAGCAACCCCCUCAGAUCCAUUAACAAAAAACAUAACUAUGAAGACCUGCAGAUUUUGCUUAAUACUUGAAUAACUGCCAAAGAAGAUAUACAAUGGCCUCUCAUUAUUCACACUGGUUAGGUUCCUGAAAUCAACACUACUUAAGAAAUAGUGACUUAUGGUGUUAAUAACAUAUAAGGAAAAAAGGGAUGAUUUCCUAACCCCCCUUCCCUACAAAAAAUAAAAAACUUUAACCCUUUCAUUGUCUCUUAUGUAAAAGUACAUUAUUGUUGCUUGUAUAGGUCUGCUUUAUUGUCAUUCAAGUAGAUUUAUGUUUUAAGGAGAGUGUCCUCAAAUAAGCUGUGAGCUGUAAAUUUUGAGAGAAAAAGUCUACAGUGAUUGUGUACAGAAUAAAAAAAUCCUGCCUGACCUUGU